ACACUAUUUCGUAACCUCACAAUUUAUCCCAUCUGCCCGACGCCCACGUGCCUUGCCAGAGCACUUGACUCCUCCGUCGCCACUACUGUAUACGUCGCAGCCCCCCUCAGAUUACUACACUAUGGCUUUCAUACAGCAGCACAGACCGCAGCCCGGAAGGCAGAUAUCCUACCAAGCACCAGAACCCGCGACCGAACCCGCAACUACCUCAUUACAAGCCAACAGACCUCUGGAUCAAUCAGAGGAAUGGGUCCUCUUCUCGCCGACCGCGCCUUCUGCUACCACUCGCACACACACCACUUCGACCGACCGAACCCCACGGACAGCUGGUCUGUCACGCUUCAGCGAGUUUGGCUCGCUCGAGACUGCUGCGCGGUCCGAACAAGACGACGGUGUUGGUUCAUUUCUUGGGACGGAAGAGGAGCUAGAUAGCCUCGAUGAUGGCCUACACGCGUUCCAUGAGCCAUCGGAAUAUGGUGCGCCAGUAGGCAGGCUGCAAGAGAGCGGCGAUACUGUGCUACCAACCCAUGACGGAUUGGGCGAGUUCAAGCCGAAUGCGACUAUGCAGGAACACAUGUGGCAGUUCGAGCGACAGAAGCGACGAGCACCCAGGCGGCGAUCCAGUGUGCAGCGGCACCUGUCAGUCCUCGAAGACCAUGAGGAUACGAACACGGAACACGAGAAGCGACAGCGCAUUGAAAGGUGGAGACUUGAGCAAAGUAAAGCAUUACUGGAAGAGAUUGAGAAAGAGACAAGGCGGAGGCGGCGAAUGAGCAUGGUCAGUACGGGAGCGAGUCGGGUUGAUGCGCAAAAGGAGGCAACGGGCACAAAACCGCCUACUGCACAGUCUGUGUCGGACGUGCAGAGUGAAUCUUCCGAGGAAGGCACGGAGAAUCUAUCAUUCUGGCAACGGAUAACGCGACGAGUGAUAAGGGAUCUGAUCGGUUUGGACGAAGACACACUCUCAGUCAUUUUUGGAGAGGCUUUACCUGAUGAGGCCGCCACACCUACGCCCGGAACGCCUGCCGAGUUCUCGGCAGACAAAGCUCUGCAAGACGCAGGUAUCGACGCGUCCCGGUAUUCAGAUGAUACCUGGCAGACGAAGCUGCUUGAGAGGGUAGCUCAGGAAUUGGGAACGUUGGUCAACCAGCUUUCUGAGCACCCAGGAGCUUUCUCUACAUACCAACGAACACAAUCAGUACCAGACUACGCAGGUCUUACACCCGUACUAUCAAACACGACAGUCGCAUCCGAACCCCUAUCCUCAAAAACCGCAAGCUCACAACCUACCACCACAUCUCCCGCCUCGGCCCAGUUCGCACCCACCUUUCCCGCGCAAACUUCACACACCUAUAGCGAAGCAUCAUUAUGGGGUAUUGAAGAAGAACCUACCGAGACCGAAGCCGCAACCUCAUCCCACAUCCCUCCUGCCCCAACCGCAAACAUCGCCGACGAACUAGCGCGAGAGCGCGAGUACUGGGAACGUGACAUCGACGUCAAAAUGAUCUUCAACUUCCUCAUGAAACGAUUCUCCUCGCGGCGCCCCAGUAUCCCCUCGUCUUCGCAAACCAUCCCCCCACCACAACCCCUCCGCACCGCCAGCGCUCCUUCCACAACCACAAACGACAACCUCAGCUCCGCCCGCCGAGCAGCCAUCAUCCGCCAACACCACCCUUUGGUAAACCGGACGACGACCGAUAACAGACUCCCCACGUCGUCCGCGUCUCACUCGAGGGAGUCACGGCGCUUUGCUACUUACUACGCGCCCCCAACCGGUGGCAGCAAGACUAAACUCAGGAGUAGCUCUAGUUGCGCCAGUCAGAGUACUAAGAAGAGUAAGAGAAGUGGUGGGUCAUCGAGAAACUACUGGGAUCUCGGUGGUAGCGUGGGGAGUGGGAGUGUUGUUGGCGGCUGAGGUGAGAUGGAAGAUGAGAUGAGAUGAGACAUGGAUGGAUGAGAAACGAUUAUUACCCUUUUGGCAUUAGAAUACCUUUAUGAGCAUGGCAGUCGCAAGAGCAUAGAUUAUUGGAGUUGGUUUGGAUGGCCCUUUUUACAGGGCUUGUGUCGCUUGCUUGAUAGAGCGGCGAAGGAACGGUUUCUACUCUCUCACCUUGGCUAUAAAUCGAAAUACCACUAUUAGAUAUUUCCACUUCUUUUGUAUAAAUAUAUCCUUACUCACCAUGCUUGCCUUGGAAGAGGUCUUACGCGAGUAGUCUUUGAAAGCCUGAUGUCAAGUAGGCUUCGAGAUUUUCUACUAUCACAGACGAUGUGAUGGUUAGAUUCUAUUGGAGCAGGCAAUAUGGUCAGAUGUCCUUCGAAUGACUGGAGUGAAUCAUCAUGUCGUACACAACUUCAC